AUGAAGCAAGAAUGUGGACCUCAUGGGAAAUUCGAGUACUGCAUCGACGGCAUCCCCGGCUGCGUCGUCGGCUGCCACUGCCACCCGGGAUAUUACUUCGAUACAGAUACCAAAAUAUGUGAACUAAAUGUAAAAUUGACACAAGACUUCCGACGCCAUUAUGCACCUGAACCCUCGCGUCUAUACGAACCUCCUGCAAUUAUUCAUGGUACAGACGUCACAGUGUCAACGCUAUCACCUACAAACAACAAUGCUGAUAAGAUUGAUGAAAUUCCCAAAGAUACAGAUGAACUCGGUGAUUGGCUGUACAAUCAAUUCUUCAAAACAAUUGAGAGUCAAGUUAUUAAUAAGUCGAAUAACACAAAGCCGGAAACUAAGGAAAAAGCACCAACGCGCAGAAGUGGAGGUAAUAAUGCCCCAGCUAUUAAAUCCAGGAGAAAAGCUCGUAAGUCUAUGCGAAGCAGCAGGAGGAAAAAACACAUGAAAGGACAUGGUCUCAGGCGGAAACUGUUGCGCAUUACUGAAGACGACAGCUUGUUUGAUUCCGACUCUGACUCUGAUUCAAGCGGCAGUUCCAGUGGUAGCGAGGACGAUAGUGAAAGCUCGUCUGGUUCCGCUGAAUCGAAGGAAAGCGAGGGAAACGGAAAAAAGCCUCCCAACGAUAAAGAUGACAAAGACCAUGGACACAAAAAAGUGAUAAUAUUUAACAGAAGACCAAAGCCACCGUUGCCAUCGUUCAUAUUCUUGCCGAGCAUGGACACGCCGUUCUACCCGCCGAUAGGCCUGCCGCCGCCGCCGCCGAUGCCCAUGUACCCCAUGGUACCAGUGCCCCCAAUGUUCCCUCCAUUCCCAGGUUCGUGA